AUGGCGACAAAGAUGGAUACGUCACUGGAUUCGGCAUCUCAGCUUCAGGCUGAGGCUCAGCAACAGCAAGCGGAUCAUGAAGCCGACCAUCGUGCACGGGAGCUGUUCCGUUACUUCCAACCUGACAAUCCAGCCUUGCUUCCCACGUCCACAGCCCGGAGUCAAUCCUCAUCGUCAUCUGUCCCGUCCAAAGCAAGUCCGAACCUUGUUCUCACAGCACUGACCCAGUUGGCUGCGAUUAAAUUAGGAGUUCAACGUGCAAUCAUCAGCUUGAUUGAUCGAGAAACGCUCUAUGUUGUCGCUGAGGCUACCCGGUCUCUCAAUCUAGGUGACAAUGGGCUGUAUGAGAAUGAGGGCGAUGGCCUGUGGAUGGGAUGCUCCCAUGGCCCUGUCGCUGGCACUUUAUGUGAGAAAACCAUUGCCUUGUCGCCCACUCCCGAGGAAAAGUAUCCAUUUUUCAUUGUUGACGACCUGCAACAACACCCAAGGUAUUGCAGUAUUCCCUGUGUCGCUGGACCCCCGUUCUUCCGUUACUAUGCCGGCACCCCCUUGAUGACUAGUAAUGGCAUCAAUAUCGGCAGUCUCUAUGUCAUCGACGCACGCCCCGGCAUCUCCCUAAGUACCGCCCACAAGGAAACUCUCGGUGUGGUAGCCGCCGCUGUCAUGGAAUACUUGGAGACUUCGCGCCAAUCGCUCGAGAGCACUCGUCUGGUGAAGCUGCUCUCCGGACUCAAUUCCUUUGCGCAGGGAGAAGCGAGUGGCGAUCCCGUGGUGGAGCGCUUAUCUAGACGCUCUAGCUCUUCCGACUCGGAUGGUCCAAACACCCCCAGCCCCCCUAGCACGCCAUCGCUGGGACCUGAUCUACAGCCUGCUCCAGCUGAUGGGACAACUUCGCCCAUGGCGAUCGCUCCACGCAAGUCUGCCAACUCCGCAAUCCCCGAUAAAACAUCUAAUUUUGUCGCUGAUGAUGUUUCACUAAGCGGGAAAAGCUGGACUUUUCAGCGUGCGGCUAACAUCAUGCGGGACAGCUUGGACCUGGGCCAAGAGGGUGGUGUUGUGAUCUUCGGCGCUCAUGAUGCCUCUGAUCAGGACGAAGAUCUUCAAGAAGAAAUGCCACGUCCAGCGCACACAAAAGCCAGUAUCCGGGCUAUAUCGACAAAGUAUUCCCAUUCCUCGGGCUUGGCUGACGAGUCGCACUUCAUCCCAGCAGCCCGAAUGGAUCGCCGGUUCGUGAAGCGGAUGAUGCAGCGAUUUCGCAAAGGAGCUCUCUGGUACUUUCACCGAGACGGGACCAACUUCUCCUCGGACGAAGAUGGGACACGCUCAGCCAGUGACAAUGACCGCAGUGAAAUAUCUUCCGCCCAAUUGGGAAUCCCACAUCAUCAGUCUCAGAGUGCGUUGAGAGAAAAAGAUACUCUCCUCCUGCAAUUCUAUUUCCCCCGCGCUACUCGCAUCAUCUUUGCACCCCUGUGGGAUUCUUUCAACUCGAGGUGGUUCGGGGCAUGCUUCUGUUGGAGCCUAGAGGAAAGUCGGAUAUUCAGUCCUCAUGUUGAGCUCGGCGGCGUGCUCGGCUUCGGAGCUUCAUUAAUGAUGGAGCACAGCCGUGUACAGAGUCUGGAAUCGGACAGGAGGAAGGGAGACUUCAUCAGUAGUAUCUCACACGAACUGCGGAGUCCGCUCCAUGGGAUUCUCGCCGCAGGAGAGUUCCUCGCUGAGCAGGCCUUGUCCGGCUUCUCCAAAUCGCUUCUGGACACCAUCCGUGUGUGCGGUCAGACACUUCUGGAUACCUUUGAGCAAGUCCUCGAUUUCAGCAAGAUCAAUUCUUUCAAGAAAAAACGACGCCAGGCGAGUUCGCUUCCGCACGGGGACCGCGGGUUGACAAGAGCUCCUGAAAGACCACAGUCUUUACACAUUCUAAAGGUCGCCAAUGUGGUGACUAUUAUCGAAGAUGUGAUCGAAAGUAUUUGCUUUGGCUUGAAUCACUUUAAUCCUAUGUCUGUGGGCGGAGUUCCAUCUGCAUCACUUGGAAUACAGGAUAACAAUAUAGGGCUUACCAGUUAUGUCGAUAUCUCCAUUGAUGUUAGUCCAAAUGAUUGGGUCUUCAUAUUAGAACCUGGGGCUUUACAACGCAUUAUCAUGAACGUCUUUGGCAAUGCGCUGAAGUACACGCGUGAGGGAUAUGUGUCCUUACAUAUCGAGAUUCUGACAGACAAAGGCACUCUUCAGGCACCUGCCGGCACGGACACACUACUCCUGACAAUUUCGGACACUGGCAAGGGUAUUUCGAGCGAAUAUCUGCGCUCCCACCUGUUUACUCCUUUCUCACAAGAGGACUCAUCGUCGCCUGGCACAGGGCUCGGACUAUCUCUUGUCCACAGCAUUCUCCGGUCCCUAAAUGGUCGCAUCAAAAUCAAGAGUCAGCCUGGCUCAGGGACUGUGGUCAAAAUCUCAAUCCCCCUUUCGCGCCCCCAAAGACAUGAGCAUCCAGCAGGACCGAUGGCUACUAAUGAAUUAGUGCCUCUCGCUCAGCAAGAUGUCAUCCAAGCUGUGAAACAUGAGCUCAAAGGGAAAACCGUAUGCUUUGUGGCUUCCGAACGCUCGGCGGCCACAGGGCCGUCGUCCACAAGUACAAUAACAGCAUAUUUAACACAGUGGUUUGGACUUCAGCUGCAGCCAUGGAGUCCAGAUACUUACGCAGACCUGGUUAUCAUUGACGAAUCCGAACUGGUACGCAUUAAAUCCUUAUCGGAACAAUCUACGCUGCUUGUCCUUUGUCGAAAAGGGCCAGGUACGACAUCAGCUUUUGCACGCCUGGCCCAAGCACGGCCAGAAAUCGAAUGGCUUCACCUUCCAUGUGGUCCUUACAGACUGGCCCGAGCAAUCCAUAGUUGUCUGCAGGUAACACCCAGACUUCAUGCCCCUGAGAAGCUGUCUUCUCCACCUCCGAAAAUGCCAGAUUCAAGUAGAGAAGUAGAGAUUGAUGGAACUUUCAUGAAUGCGCCGAUCGUGACACCAUCCGUCCCAGCUCACACCACAGAUGCCGCAGCGCAAAACCUCGACCUUGCUUUAAGACCAACCAGCGUUUCACCGUUGCAGAACAUCCUGCAGAAACAGAGUGGAAGCCAACUUUGGGAUUUAUCAGCCAAGUCUGAAGAUCUGCGGAUCCUCCUGGUCGAAGAUAACACCAUCAACAUGAUGCUCUUGCAGAAGAGUGUUGCUUAG